UCAACAACAGCGUGCCAUGCAUGAGAAUAUAUACAUAUUAAAUAUUUAAAAAUAAUUACUUUUUCGUUAUUAAUGAAAAUAAUAAGGGCAAUUUGGUGAAUGAAUAGUGUCCCCAUUCCAAUAUAAACUCCCUCGGAGAGCUCUCAACUCGAAAGAGUGUCCAAACUUGUUGGGAACGAACAAACAGUCAAUGGGCAUGGAUUUUAUACCUUCCUCCGCUUCAUUAUCCACCGUCGAUCACGACGGUGCCGCCUCAAUCUCCACCCUUCAUUCCGACAUAAUUCAAACCCACAUCCUGACCCGACUCGACGGCCCAACUCUGGCCUCGGCGGGCUGCGCUUCGGCCCAACUCAACUCCCUCUCACGGGAACAGAGUCUUUGGGCCAACAUUUGCCAAUCUACGUGGCCUUCCACAAGCUCGCCAAGUGUCCGCCAAGCUAUCUCCGACUUCCACGGCGCCCACCGAUCCUUCUUCGCCGAUUCCUUCCCUCUCAUCACAACAAGUAAUAGCUCACCCUCCAAUUCCAGAGCCGACGAUCUCCACCGUACGCCGGAGUUGAUCUCAGCCGUCGAUUUCCACUAUCGCGGAGAGCUCAUUUUUAGCAAGGUCGUCGUGACAGAAACCUUGUCCGGGUGGUUCCGCUGCUCACCGUUCCGGGUCGACCUGCUCCACCCGAAAGACGUCGUCCCGACCCGAAUACCCUACCCUAACGAAGACAAAAACGACGACUCCGCGUGCAGUAAUCUUGCGGAGGAGCUGACGCUGAGCUGGAUUGUGAUCGACCCGACCGGAAGGCGGGCGAUUAACCUCUCGAGCCACAAGCCGGUCUCCGUACAACGACACUGGCUGAGCGGCGAGGUGCAGGUGAGGUUUGCGUCGGUGUUGGCCGGCGGAGGGGAUAGAGGAUCGUCUACGGAGUCUGUCACGUGCGGAGCGGUGGUCACGUGCGGAGUGUCUCAAGGCGGGGAGAUGUUGCAGGUGAGGGAAGUGUGCUUGAUCGUGGAGGACAUGGAUGGAAUGCACAUGAAAGGAAAGGAGAGUCUGGUAAUUUUACGGAAAGCUCUCGAGGGUAAAAGAGUAAAUAGCGAGAGGAGGGAAAUGGAAGGAAAGAAAAGAUACGAAGAGUAUUUGGAGAGGAAAAAGAAAAGAAUAGAGAGGAAAGCGAGGACGGAAGGGACAUUGGAUAUUCUAUCGGCGUCACUAUUCGGAGUUUCCGCUGUAUUUAUUCUCUUCUGGAUAAUCAUGUUCAGAUAAACGAUACCAAAACAAAAGUAAGAACAAGAAACUUUUAUUAAUUUAUGAAUUUUCAAUGUAAAAUUUGAUACUUAUAUUACAAA